UUGCCGAUAGUGCACACCUGUCAGAUCGAUCAUUCACAGUUUGACACUUGCCCUGAGCACGCAACUAAAGUUUUCAAGUUCUGUAGCGAAUCUUUUAACAAAGCAGCGUUCAUAAAGAAAGUUGCGGACAAGACUGGCAACUUCCAGUUCGGUGCGUCGAAAGGUAUCCGCGACAGACUGUUGGAUGAAAUACUCCAGCUGUUCAACGAAUACGGAUCCGAUAACGGCUAUAGGUUUUUUUGGAAUCGGCAUCUAAUCGACGGUUUACUUGCCCUGUCGCAAUGGGUGACUCCGAUCAUUCACGGUUACGUAUUUUUCCGACACUGCAAAUCACCAGACAUCCAGCUACUGUUGAUCAGCCGCCGCAGUGUUCAUCGGGCGGGGACACGAUACAUCAAGCGCGGCAUCGACAACCAGGGUCACUGUGCGAACUACGUAGAAAGCGAGCAGAUAGUAGUAGCUUUCAAGCACUUUUCAUCGUUUGUACUCGUGCGCGCAUCCGUUCCUGCUUUCUGGAGUCAGCCUGGCUACAAGUACCGACCUCCACCGGUGAUAACAAUGCCAAGGCCUGACAACGUAUCCGCGUUCAAGAAGCACCUCGAACAUGAACUGAACGUCUACCGCCAUUUGGUAAUCGUGGACCUAGUCGAACAGAGUGGUAAGGAAAAGGUGCUUAGCGACAUUUAUUUGGAUCUGGUGCUAGAAGCAGACCGACCGGACGUCACCUACGUCGCGUUUGAUUUCAACGCCUACUGUCGUGGCCUUCGUUUCGACAAUGUGCGCAUCUUGACUAGUUUUCUCAGAGAUGUUCUCGAUAACAUGAAAUUCUGCUGGGUAGACAAGAAUCAUGAAGUGGUGUGCCAACAGAACAGCGUUGCCAGGGUCAACUGUGUUGAUUGUUUGGAUCGAACAAAUCUCGUGCAAAGUGCGAUCGCCAGAUACGUUUUUGAAAUCACUUUGCGUAAGUUUGGUUUGAUCGCUCCAGAAGAAGGUCUUAGUUCAGAGGUAGAAAAUGUAUUUCGAGUUAUGUGGGCGAACAACGGCGAUUACAUUAGUCGACAGUACACGGGGACAGUUGCGUUAAAAGGCGACUUUACAAGAACCGGGGAACGCCGCAUUGUUGGACUGAUGAAGGACGGCUAUCAUUCCGCAAAUCGAUACUACAUGUGCCACAUGAAAGAUGCCAAGAGACAGCUGGCUAUUGACUGUCUGCUGGCAAAGGAGCAGAUCAGAUUGCUGGUGCAAGAUUGCGAGAAGCUGUUAGUCACCGACGAUGAAGUGAUUGUCGGCAGUUGGGCGCUGAUAGACGUUUCGAAUGCUGACCAGGACUUGGAGAGCGAAAUGGACACCGUCGUUGUACUGACUCGCAGUUCGUACUACAUUUGUGAAUAUGAUGAAGACGCGGACAAAUUCAUCAACUUUCAGCCGGUGUGCAUUCGUAUUACGUAUCGAUCUGAAUCGAAUCGUGUUUUGCAUCACACGUGGAAAGCGGCCAGCACGCGUUUAUUCAACAACAUUGCCAUUCAGAUCAAAAACGUUGACGAAGCCGAGGAGUAUAUCUGCGCCAUUGGCGAGCAGUUUAUUGUAGCACUAAGUUUAGCGGGGAACGAUGUACAACUAGAGUAUUGUGCGAAGCUUCCCAGUCGGUCCGCGUUUACACAAUACUUUUAUAGGUUAUUAUCAUCGAUAUCUAAAAGACUAAACAGUGUUUUAACAAUCGAGAACCGAAAUAUUUCUUAA